AAAUUGAAAAAAUUCAGAAGGGGGAAACAACAAAGAAGGAUGAGGAGGAGAACUACCUGGAUUUAUUUUCCCACAAGAAUAUGAAACUGAAAGAACGAGUUGUGAUCCCUGUCAAACAGUACCCCAAGUUCAACUUUGUUGGAAAGAUUUUGGGACCUCAAGGCAACACCAUUAAAAGACUUCAGGAAGAAACUGGUGCUAAGAUAUCUGUGCUGGGGAAAGGCUCAAUGAGAGAUAAAGCCAAGGAGGAAGAGCUGCGUAAAGGAGGAGACCCUAAAUAUGCUCAUCUCAACAUGGAUCUGCACGUGUUCAUCGAGGUGUUUGGCCCUCCCUGUGAGGCUUAUGCUCUGAUGGCUCAUGCCAUGGAGGAGGUCAAGAAGUUUCUUGUUCCAGAGGUUAAGCUGCAUAUCUGCCAGGAGCAAUUCCUGGAGCUCUCCUACCUGAAUGGAGUGCCAGAACCGAAUCGUGGCCGAGGAGUCCCUGGCAGGGGAAGGGGAGCAGCUCCACCACCUCCUCCACCUGUUCCAAGGGGCCGUGGGGUUGGUCCUCCUCCUCCUCCUCCUCCUCGGGGGGCCCUGGUGCGAGGGGCCCCAGUCAGAGGGGCUAUGGGCAGGGGAGCUGCAGUAGCCCGGGGGGUUCCUCCUCCCCCAGCAGUGAGAGGGGCUCCUGCCCCCCGAGCAAGGGCAGCUGGAAUCCAGAGGAUACCCCUCCCACCACCUCCUGCCCCGGACACCUACGAGGAAUAUGGCUAUGACGACACAUACGCAGACCAGAGCUAUGAGGGGUAUGAAGGCUACUACAGCCAGGGCCAGGGGGACACAGAAUACUAUGAUUAUGGACAUGGGGAGGCACAGGAAACCUAUGAAGCUUAUGGACAAGAUGACUGGAAUGGGACACGACCCUCCCUGAAGGCCCCUCCGGCCAGGCCAGUGAAGGGGGGCUACAGAGAGCACCCCUAUGGACGCUACUAAAACUCAAAUUGAGGGAAAAAUCCCACUUAUGAGCAAACAGUUGUUACUGAUUCUUGUAUCUCCCAGGAUUCCUGUUGCUUUACCCACAGCAGACAAGUAAUUGUCUCCCUGUUUUUCUUCGUGGCCCUUUUUUCUCCCCACUUCAUCCUCCCCCUGCAUUUUGGCUUCUUGUAUGUAGUACUUUUAAAAAGAGGAGUUAAAUAGCUUUAGAAGGGAGCAAGUUUAAUUUUU